GCGUUAAGCUGUAAUUUCUAACCUACGUUCUUUUAAAGCGUUCUUUUAAAAACGUGUCUAUAGUUUACGAUUGUGAGACGUUUACACUCUGGUACUAGCAGUAGUAGGAAGUAACUGCACGCGUGUGUGCUGAAGAACAUGCAAUUAAAAAUGUCAGAACCAUUUAAUCAAAAUGCUGUGAAGCAAUUAUUGCUGCAAGAAAAUGAGUUCAUUUCGAAUAUAUUUUCAAAAAUGCCAUUGCCUAUGUCUGAAUUAGUUUCAGAUGACAAGAAUAAAUUAGUUACACACAAGAAAAAGAACAUGUCAAAAGAUAAUAUUGUUCCAAAUUUAAGCGGAAAGAAAAAGAGGGCACAAACAUUUGAGGAGUUACAAGCUAAAUUGGAGGGAUUAAAGAAUGUUAAACGAUUGGGAUAUAAAGAAAAGCAAUUAAAAAAAAAUUUGAAAACCAGAAUGAAAAAAAUGUCAAAGAAAAAAGAACGGAUAAUGCAAAAGAAACUAGUAAAAAUAGAGCAAAAUGGGGAUACUUUGUCUAACAUAAAAGAAGAAGAUAGUGAAGUACCAAAGGUUCCAAGACCAAAGCCUGUGUUUAAUUCAGAAGGCAAAAUGGUAUUCAGUAAAUUUGAUUUUUCUGAAAUUGGAACAAGAAAAAAACUGCCUAAAAAGGAUGCAAAAAAGAUGUUACUAGAGUUGAAACAAAAAAAAGAAAAGUUAAAAGCAAUGGAACAAUCAGGUGAAAAAGAAAGAGUGGAAGAAAUUAAAGAAAAGGAUGCAUGGCAGACUGCCCUGGCAAAAGCUGGUGGUGAGAAGGUGAAAAAUGAUAUAGAUUUACUUAAGCGAACAUUAAAAAGGAAAGAAAAUAAAAAAAGACAGAGUGCUAAAAAAUGGGAAUCUAGGUUAGACAAUGUACAGAAAGGAAUUCGAGAAAAACAAGAAAAAAGACAGGAUAACAUUAUGAAGAGAAAGAAAGAGAAAAAGAUGCAUAAAUUAAAAAAAGCGGCUAAAAGGGGACGGAUUAUACCUGGAUUUUAAAUAUAACAUAAAGGAUUAUAGAUAAAAGACAUUUAUUUCUAAAAGAGUUAUUUUAUAUGGUAUGCAGUUUUAUUCUGCAUAAUUUAAUUAAAUUUUUACAUUCAGACGAAUUCAACAUUUACGUAAAUGAUAUUCAUUAAUUGAAUAAUACUCCAUAGGACAAAUUUGUACUAACUUAUUGUUGAUAUCAGAAUACAAGAGAAUUGUUUUCAAACAAA